AUGCAAAAACUACAAAUGUUAAGACAGGCUCGAAACCUUUUAGGUAUUGGUACUGAUAUUGUAUAUUUACCAAGAUUUCAACGUCUGUUGAUGAAGUACACAAACGAUGAUGAUGUAUAUGCAAUCAAGAGUAGUUCGGCUUUAGACAGGAUAAAUGACAAAUUUAUGCACCCUAUUGAAAGAGCUACUUUCCGAUCCUUAGCAAAUGAAUCACUUUCUAAAAGGGCAAAAUAUUUAGCAGGGGUGUGGGCAACGAAGGAGGCAACAUUGAAGGCACUCCAUUGUUAUAUCCCUUCAGAACAUAUACCGCCUGCUCAAGUGAUAUAUACAAAAUUACUUUACAAGACUAAUAAUACAUCUACAGGGUCACCUCAGUUGCAAUUCGAUAAAAACUUUUCAACUACUACACCGUUGUAUUCACAGUUCUUUCGAGAUUAUAUAAAUGGUAAGAUAAGUACGUUACUUUCUAUUUCUCACGACGAACAAUACCUAGUUUCAUUUGUAUGUCUGACAUCUAAAUGA